UAUUGGACAAAUGUAAGCAUACUCCACUUCGAGCUGCGCAAAACGUCUAAUUUAUCCGCGUGACUUGAAUGAGAGUAAACAAGGCAAAAGGUUGGAGAGCAGGGCAAUCGAUUUCCUGAGACAAAUGGAGGAAAACCAGCUGGAUUUCGUACUUGUUCCCCUUGGCCUAUUUGUCCUCGCCCUCUACCACUCGUGGCUUCUCUUCUCUGUCCUCAGGCGGCCAAAUACCACUGUCAUUGGCCUCAAUGCCCUUGCCCGCCGUCGAUGGGUCCAAGCAAUGAUGGCUGAUUCCUUGAAAAAUGGUGUGCUUGCAGUGCAAACCGUGCGAAACAACAUAAUGGCAUCUACUGUGUUAGCGACGACUGCAAUCUCUCUUGCCUCCCUUAUCAGCGUCUUUGUGAGCGCCACCGCAAAAUCCUCAGCCUCUUCUGCAUUGGUGUAUGGAAACCAAACUUCUCUGGCUUCUUCGGUGAAACUCUUUGCCAUAUCCCUCUGUUUCAUCCUUGCUUUUCUUUGCCACAUACAAGCAAUCAGAUACUAUGCACACGUAAGUUUUCUGGUAACAACCCCACCUGCAGUUAUUAAUAGCACUGGAGACUUAGUUUCAAUAAAGUAUGUUGCUAGGAGUUUGAACAGGGGGAGCUUUUUCUGGUCCCUUGGCCUUAGAGCUUUUUAUGUGUCUUUCACUCUCUUUCUGUGGAUUUUUGGACCGUUACCUAUGUUUCUCUCCUGUAUUGUUUUGUGUUCUUUGUUGUAUUUUUUGGAUACAACAACUGAGCACACAAGAGACCUUCAUAAAUCUUUUUGGCCCAUGGAAAAGGAAGAGGGUGAAGGUAGUGUCUGAGGAUUUGAUUUGUAUGACAAAUAGUUAAAUGUUAUUAUUUAAAUAUGCAUAGUAAAUUAGGCAUGGAUUUUAUUUGUUAUAUAUAUUAUUGUUUAUUUAAAUA